UCUAGCCCACCCUCUCUAUGUUCCCAUGUCGUGAUGUCUCCUUGCGGGCGGCGCGAGUGGGUGACGUCAUCGGGACGCGCCGUGCCGGUCAGCCAGCCUCUGCCCAUGUGUUUGUGUUGGGCUCCAGUGCAGUGAUGGGGGUCUUCGCGGGUCCGGUGCUGAGGCUUCCCAGGCUGAAGUCACUCAACAGGCUUCAGGUUAUAAUACAACAUUUAAGAAUGUCUGGGACUGCAGAUUCUUCAGCUGAGGUCCUGCUUGAGAAAAAAGGAUGUGCCGGUGUUAUAACAGUGAACAGACCAAAGGCUCUGAAUGCAUUAAAUCUUUCCAUGAUUAGAAAGAUAUAUCCGCAGCUAAAGAAAUGGGAACAAGAUCCUGAUACUUUUCUAAUAAUCAUAAAGGGUGUUGGAGACAAAGCUUUUUGUGCAGGGGGUGACAUCAGAGCUGUCACUGAAGCAGGAAGAUCUGGAGAUAGAUUGGCACAAGACUUCUUCAGAGAAGAAUAUAUCUUGAACAAUGCCAUUGGUACCUGCCAGAAACCCUAUGUGGCACUUAUUAAUGGAAUUACGAUGGGAGGUGGUGUUGGUUUGUCUGUUCAUGGACAUUUCACAGUUGCUACGGAGAAGACUCUUUUUGCAAUGCCAGAGACUGCAAUAGGUCUUUUUCCUGAUGUGGGUGGGGGCUACUUCCUGCCAAGACUUUCAGGGAAGCUGGGCUAUUAUCUUGCCUUGACAGGAUAUAGGUUGAAAGGAAGAGAUGUGCACAAAGCAGGAAUUGCAACUCACUUCAUAGAAGCGGAGAAGGUGGCUGCUUUAGAAAAAGAUCUGACAGAAUUACAGUCCCCCUCAAAGGAAAAUGUUGGUGAGAUCUUGGAUUUGUACCAUAAGAAGUGCAAACUUGAUCAAGAAAAAGACUUCAUUCUUGGUGAACACAUGGACAAAAUUAACAGUCUAUUUUCAGCAAACAGCAUGGAAGAGAUAAUUCAGAAACUAAAGAAAGAUGGCUCUCCUUUUGCACUGAAAGAACUAGAGACAAUUUCUAAAAUGUCGCCAACAUCUUUAAAGAUGACCUUCAGGCAGCUUAGAGAAGGAGCUUCCUUGAGUCUGCAGGAGGUACUUGUCAUGGAAUAUAGAUUGAGCCAAGCAUGCAUGCGAGGCCAUGACUUCUAUGAAGGUGUCCGUGCAGUUAUUAUUGACAAAGACCAGUCACCAAAGUGGAAGCCAGCUGCUUUAGAAGAAGUAACAGAUGAAUUUUUGGACUCAUGCUUUAAGUCUCUUGGAACCAGUGAUCUCAAAUUACAAUAGAUUUGGACUAAUGCCAGCCUAAGCAUUCGGUUUUUUAAUUCUAACUUUCUUUAACACAGUGUAUGGAUGAUUAUGAAUGUAUCAUGCAAAGAGAUAGUGAGCAUUGAGUGAAAUACUUAUUGCUUAUUAUAUAAUGGAGAAGGCCUACAUUUUUACAGACAAGUACAGGAAUAGCGGGAGUUAUUGGGGUACUGCCAUAGAGGCAUUAAAGCUCUAGGAUGAGAGCUGCAUUAUGUGUUUACACAUUUUUACUUCUCUGUGUAAAAUAAAACAUAUUAAUAUAGAGGCUCAGAUAUUCUUGGAUCAUCUAAAAUAAUAGAAAUUUAAUUAUGCUAGAUAGGUGACAUAGUUAAACAGUGGCCCAAACAAGAUUUGGGGAAGUGAUCCAUUGGGAUGGGGUUCAAAGGAAAAUUGAGCAGUCACCUAAAAGUAAAUGAUGUGGCUAAUGUACCCUGUCCACCUCUGACUACUUUGACCUUAUAAAUCAGGAUUGGAUUUGUAAUGAGAUGAAUAGUAUCCAUGAAAAUGUGUUUUUCUAUUUUGAGUUUCACUAAGUUUCACUAGCUGUUGAAGUUAAUUGAUUAAAACUAACUAAAUAUGUACAUGACUUAGAAAAAGAUCUUUAAAAAGAACAAUAUCUUCAUGCCUUCCAGCAUAAAAGAAGCAUUUCUUUUGUGUUAAAAAAUGAUUUGUUGUUUUAAUUAAUCUAGAGAAUCAAGAUUAUCAGAAGGUUUGUAAUUUAUUGAUGUACCUGAUCUAUACUAGUGUUAGUCAAAGUAGUGGCUUAUGGACUAGAAAAUUGCCAGUCAUCCAUUUUCAGUAUGGCCUUAUAUCUAGUCUUUCACCUAUUUUAGACUCAAAUGGAGACAUUAGAACAGUAAAUAUUAAUAACAGCAGCAAUAAAUAAAGAGUACUAUAAGAAGCA